ACUGUAUAGAAAUGAUGUGUGUCAUCUUUAGUUUAUCAGAGCUCAUGAGACGGAUCCUUAUCUCAGUGCGCUCACAAAACAUCAGAGGACCUACAGACAUAAAUGUGCACAAAGCCUGCAGUCAUUUCCUUCCUGAUUUUGCGUGUGCAGUCGAAACUUAAGAACAUGAAACCGUCCUCGACGAGAGUGGGAAGAAAGAAGAAUUCAUUUCUUCCUUAGUUCGGGAGAUCGUUAUACAAUAGCAUCGACACAUGAUGCGUGGUCUUUGUUUCUUUCUCUUGCCUAUUCUUACCCAAGUGUCCCCAGAAUCCUUGGAUGAUGUUAUUGGCCUCACUGGGCACAACGUCACACUGCCCUGUAGGUAUGACUCCCGCACUCAUGGCGUUGUAAGUUUCUGCUGGGGACGAGGGAAGCUGCCCAGGUUCAAAUGCGCCGACACUGUCCUCACCUCCGAGGACGGGGCCAUACGGUCCAGACGGUCGUCCAGGUACCAGCUGCAGGGCAGUUUGACAGAUGGAGACGUAUCCCUGACCAUCCUCAACGCUCAGUGGAGCGACGGUGGAGUGUAUGGCUGCAGGGUCCAUAUCCCAGGGUGGUUCAAUGACUACAAAUUCAACACACUCCUGGUCAUGGUGGAAGCUUCUGUGGAACAACCUGUUACCCAGGACUGGACACCUGUUACCCAGGACUGGACACCUGUUACCCAGGACUGGACACCUGUUACCCAGGACUGGACACCUGUUACCCAGGACUGGACACCUACCACUGCUGUGAGACAUGACGAGCAAUCAGAAAUGGAGACAACAUCUGCUCCUGUGAAUGUUGGUGAUGCAACAGCGGCCGUUGUUGGACACACUCAGGAGAAAUUCAAAGCCUCCCUGGAAGUGGGGAACGUUGCCAGGAUGGGAGCUAUUUUCUUCUCAACCAUCAUCAUAAUCCUCGCCUUUAUUUUUCGGAGAAGUUUUCACCCGGUGGCCAAACUUCAACGUCUCAACACUUCAGCUGCGGAAAACAUUUAUGAAAGUAUCUAAGCUGUGUAUGAGUGAUGUUCAGUGUUACACAAAUUAAGGGGGUUUAACAGGUGAUUGUCGGGUAGCGUCUAGUCCCCACGUGCCCCCACUUUCAUCUCCUCAGUGCCACAGAGAAACCUUUUGAACCGUUCUCUGUGAAUAACUUAGAUGAUGUUUGUGUAAUGCCAAGGCGAAGUGGAUCGCAGUCGCAUUGUUCUCUCGGGUUGCACUAAAGACUGAGUGUAUAUAUACCCCGCAAAUCAAUGAAUUAGCUUCUCUUUUGUGUCUGUCUAUGCUUCACAGAGAAGGAAAAACAUUGCCACCUUCUGGGCUUAGACUUGCAGAAUAUUAAAGGAGAUGUUUCUUUGGGGGAAAGUCAAUUAUGUGACAGAGAAAAUACCCAUCAAUAGUUCAAUGUUGAUUGGGUAAAUAUGUGGUAAUCAGAGUAUGGAAGGAAACUGUGUAGCUUAUCUCAUUCAUGUGAUGAAAAGAUGAAAAAACUGCUUAUGCUGCCAGGUUUAUAAUGAUGUAAUGAAGCUGGUUUGUUUAUAAACAGAACCACUUCUCUGGGUUUCUGAAUUUUUGUGUGUGUGUGUGUGUGUGUAUUAUUUUCUAUGAAUGUUUGUAGCAAUGGAAACUUAAGAAGUCAUGGCGAUGACAUCUUUUCUCAAACAAUAACAUUAAAAUCCAAAGAACGUCAACCGAUUGAUACCUAA